GGCGGGACCUGGAUUAUCAAGUUAGAGUGACUUCAAGUCUAGCCCGGGACUGGAACGAGUGCUGUCCGUGUAGAUCCCUGGGAAAUCGGGUGGUGUUUGAGGCAUGAAUGUUGGGAAUAAUGCAGGAGCUCUAAAUAUGAGCUCAGCUCCAGAAGACCAUUGCAUUAAUGAACAAACAUAUUUUGGAUUUGAAAGAACAAUCUGUACUGAUCAAAACUUAUCAGUUGUGGUGUCAAAUACUGCUUCAUUUGAAGGCUCACAAAACCUGAGCAAUUUGCUCAAAAACAAUUCUGAUCCCUUCCAGUGGAAACAUGUAGAAAGUACCAGGACCUACUCCCGAAAUGAGAAGGAUGAAGAAGAAGAAGAAGAAGAUGAUGAUGAUGUUGUUUUCAUUGAGCCUUCCCCUCCUACAACUAGUCCUUCAACAACACUAACAGAUCAAAACAGUGCAACACUUGUAGUAUUUCAGAAACCAGAAUCUGUAGGAAAUGAAAUUAAUACAACAUCGCCACCACCUGGAAAGGAUUUUAUGCCCCCAGUGGAGCCUAUUAUAAUUGAUGAUGAAGAAGACGCUGCAGAAGGAAACUCUGAGACUACAAAAGGAGCUGGCAUCACUAUGGCUGUACGUUGUGAUGAGAGGAAUGGUUUAGCUGAACCAUCUGACAUGGAUUUUUCAUCAUCUGACUUCCGGAACCAAAAAGAUAGUUUCCAUUCUAUGCAGUACAUAAAUAACCAGAGUUUAUUUCGCACUCCCAAUUUGGAAAAUAACAAUAUACAUUGGGAUCCCAGAACAGGAUUAAAGGAAAUUGACUUGAAUGAAUGCCACUCUUUGCAACCAAUGCUACUUUCUGAUCCUAGGAGAGGUAAUAUUUUGCCAACGAAUGGAGGAGAAGCAUUAAAUCAUGGGAUAAGCACAGAGCCGGACUCCGAAAUACAGAUAACUUGUGUUACCACUUUAGAUGCCAGUUCAAAGCCAAUGAUAGAUAAUCCACAACCGCAACGGAGUGGGGGGAUGGAUUUAGAUUUAAUGAUUUGUAAUGUAACAUCGCUUCAAGAUCAGAAAUUUGAAGGUAUAGAUGAAGGAGUUCAAAAACAAGCUUUUCAAAUUGGUGUAGGAACUUCUAAUUCUGAUAAAAUGAUGGAUGGUGCCGGAGAUGGAUUUCUGAAUGGAGAAUCUGUGCUUUUGUCAUCGCAACCUAAACUUGGUACUAUGCACAACAUUUUACCCAAGACUACUACUGCCACCACCACCACACAAACUCAAGACAUGGCUGAAGACGCUGAACGAAAAAGAAGCAAUGUCAAGGUAAACAAUGGAACCUGUGAAGAUACAUUGAAUGACAUCAAAAUCAAUGAGGUGUAUGGAUCUUCCAGUCAUCCUGUAAAUGAUUCAUGGCUAUCACAGUCAUCAUCAUUCCCUAUGAAUCGCAAGCUGAACGCUUCGGAUUCCGUUGUGUCUAUGGCGCCUCUUUCAAAGCCAGCCUUCCAAUCUUCGGGACAGCAACAGCAAGCUAAGCCAUCUGUGAAAGUCAUCUGUGCUCACUGCAAAAAGCCAUUGCAGAAAGGUCAAACAGCUUACCAGAGAAAAGGCUCAUCUUACCUCUUCUGCUCUACUACCUGCCUUUCAUCGUUUUCUCAUAAACCAGCCCCAAAGAAGUUGUGCACUACAUGCAAAAAAGAAAUAACUAAUAUGAAGGGAACAAUUGUUGCGCAAGUUGAUUCGAGUGAAACAUUCCAAGAAUUUUGCAGCACAACCUGCUUAUCUUUGUACGAAGAGAAACAGAAGGUUCCAACACAUGCAAGCCAUGGGACCCAAGGAAACCAUGGAAAAUGUACUAUUUGUGGCAAAAUGACUGAGAUUCGACAUGAAGUGAGCUUUAAAAAUGUUGUGCAUAGGCUUUGCAGUGAUGUUUGUUUCAAUAAGUACAGACAAACCAAUGGACUUGUAAUGAACUGCUGCGACCAGUGUGGGUCAUAUUGUUAUAAUAAAGGAUCAUCAAACCACUUCCUUUUCCAUGAAGGUCAUCACAAAAGAUUCUGUAGUUCACAGUGCCUCAAUGAGUUUAAACAGAAAAACAGCAAAAUAAUUCCUUGUACAGCAUGCAAAACUCCAUGUAGAAGCUUUGACAUGACGCAGAGUGUAGGACCUGGUGGCAGUAUUGAUGCAUACUGUUCAGUUGCAUGCAUGUCCGUACACAAAUCAAGAAGCCCAAAGCCAACAGGCAUGGGAUCUUGCCACUUUUGUAAAAGAAGUGCUUUACCUCAGUAUCAAGCCACAAUGCCUGAUGGAAAACAAUACAACUUCUGCAGUUCUAGUUGUGUGGCAAAAUUUCAGUCUUACAGUGUACAAACAACUACAAAUGGGGAGGACGUGACAAAUGAUGUGCAACUCAAGUGUACUUACUGCAAGAUUGGAUUCAGUGCAAAACCAGAGGUGCUGGAGUGGGAGAAUAAAGUCUUUCAGUUUUGCUGCAAAAUGUGCUGUGACGACUAUAAGAAACUGCACUGCAUUGUGUCUUUCUGUGAAUAUUGUCAGGAAGAGAAAACUGUAUAUGAAACUGUGAGGUUCUCAGGAGUUAAGAAACCUUUCUGUAGUGAAGGUUGCAAGCUUCUAUAUAAGCAGGAUUUCGCAAAACUUUUGGGACUGCGUUGUGUUAUCUGCAGCUACUGUUCACAGCUGUGUAAGCGGGCAGCAGCCAAAGAAAUUGAUGGAAAAGCACAAGAUUUUUGUAGUGAUGACUGUUGCAAAAAGUUUAUAGACUGGUACUUUAAGGCUGCUAGGUGUGACUGCUGUAAAGCUCAGAGGGAGCUAACUGAAUCAGUACAGUGGCGGGGAGAGAUGAAGCAUUUCUGUAAUCAGCAGUGCCUUCUGCAAUUCUAUAGCCAACAGAAUGAACCCGAUAUGCUUACACAAAAAGGACCUGAAAAUAUGAAUACAGUUACAGAUCAAAUUUUUCAAACUCCCAGUUCUAAAAUCACAGUUUCCAACCAGAUACCAGCACCUUCACCAACACCACCAAAGGAGCUGAAGAAUAAGGCAUUAUUGUGCAAGCCUUUGACUCAGACAAAAGCUACCUACUGUAAACCUCAUACACAGUCAAAAUCCUGUCAGACGGAGGAUGAUUGGAAGCCUCAGUUGGUUCCUGUGCCUAUUCCUGUGCCAGUCUAUAUACCAGUGCCUAUGCACAUGUUUUGUUACAACACUCCAGUACCUGUGUCUAUUCCUAUUCCGGUACCUGUUCCGGUGUUUCUACCUACUACGUUGGAUAAUGCAGAGAAGAUAGUCGAAACAAUAGAGGAUCUAAAAAGAAAAGUCCCUUCAAAUCCAAUUGAAGCUGAUCUACUGGCUAUGGCUGAGAUGAUAGUUGAGGCAGAGAGGAAUCCAGUAUCCAUGGAGUUUUGUGGUAUCGACAAUGAUGAAAGUGCUGAAAGUUUAUUGGAUGUUUUUGGAACCAUUAAAGAUGACCUAGAUGAACAGCCAAGUACGCCAGGAAUUUCUUUUGAACUUGGACUGGACUUGGAAGUUGAUUUUCCAAGAACUGCUGAGGAGUUGGACACUGAGAAUGAGUUUCUGUUGCCACCAGUGUUUGGGGAAGAAUAUGAAGAUCAACCAAAGCCUCAAACUAAAAAGAAGGGGGCAAAGAGGAAGGCUCUUUCUGAUGUUCAUUCUCAAGAUGGUAGCGUUGCCACUCCUGACAUUGGUUUCACAUUCAGUUAUGUUUAUGGUUUAAGUGCGUGGAAACAAUGGAUCAUAACCAAGAAAACGAUAGAUGAGGAUAUUUCUGAAAUGGAUGAAUUUACUUCUCAUAUAUUUUCAAAGCCAGUGCAGUUUAAAGAGGACCUCUUGUCACAUACCACAGCAGAGCUGAACUGUGGAUUGGCUGAGUUUGUCAAGGAGGUUCGAAGGCCAAAUGGGGAACAUUAUGCACCUGAUAGCCUGUACUAUCUAUGUCUUGGAAUCCAACAAUAUCUAUCUGAAAACAAUAGGAGUGUUAACAUAUUUACCGACCCUCGCUACAAGACUUUUAAUGAAGAAUUUAAUGCAAUCUUGAGAAGCUGGCGACCAAGUAUAUUACCAAAUGGAUCAAUAUUUUCACGUGUUGAGGAGGAUUAUCUAUGGAACUGCAAACAAUUAGGGUCACAGUCGCCAUUUGUUCUUCUUAAUACCUUAUUAUACUUUAAUACUAAAUACUUUGGGCUAAGGACAGUGGAACAACACUUGAGACUCUCCUUUGGAAAUGUUUUCAAGAAGUGGAACAAAAAUUCGGAGAAUACUGUAUGCAUUCGAUAUCAUGUACCAGCAUUGUGUAGGAAUGACCAUCAAGAUAAAAUGUCAACAGGAAAAAGGAAACGUGAAGAGGAAGACCCUGUGUUUGAACAACAAGAAAAUUCAGUCAAUCCUUCAAGAUGUCCUGUAAAAAUGUUUGAGUGCUACCUCUCAAAAUGCCCUCGGAAUCUACAACAAAGAACAGAUUUGUUCUACCUGCAGCCAGAACACAUUGGUGGCCCCGGGAGUCUGAUUUGGUACUCUAGUACUCCUUUGGACCGUAACGUCUUGGAGAAUAUGCUUGUACGGAUUCUUGUGAUCAAGGAUAUAUAUGAAGAAAAUGAAAGGGACAGUUCUGAAGUAGACGAAGAUGAUGAUGAUAUCAAUUGAAAUAUUUCUACAUUAGUUGUUCUGCAGCUGUAAAAGGAAUUAUGGCAUCAUAAAUGUCAGCCCGUUAGAAUUUAGUAAGGAAAUGCAAUACCACGUUGUGCAUUUCUGGAAUGACCCUGUAUUGCUGAGCUUGAAGCAACAUGCCCAGAUUGGGUAUUAUGUAAAUAACCCCAAACAAGAGGAGAAUAGCCGGCAUUAGCAAUCUCCUUUGUGGUUUAUAGGUAUGUAUACAUUAAAACAACUGCUCUCACACAAGUCUUUUUUUUAAUUAUUUAUUGAAAUCGGUUUGUUGUCAAAAGCAUUUCCAUUUGUAACUUUUUACAUUACAAACUAAGAAUGUGAAUGUGUCACAUGUGUAAUUUUUCUGAUCUGAGAAAUUGACAUUAAAACUACUACAGUGUUUUAAAAUUUCCCUACACAGGGGAUGAUGUUACUGGGUGCUGUAUCCACCAGAUCGGUGAGCAUCUUUGUAAUUAAUAUAGUCAUUAGCACUAUGAAAGCAAUUUAGAGCUAGUCUCCUAAUGGUUGUCCUUCCACAAAUGUACCAGUUGGUGGAGUUUUCACCACUGAUUCUGUAAGCAUUAAUGGCUUGUUUUGCUAAUGGAUGCAGUCCAUGUAAUACUCUGUAAAACUGGUUUUAUGGAAAGAAGGCCUAAAAUAAAGGAUUAAGAAGA